AUGGAUUCUGUCUACGAAGAGUUUUCCAAGUAUGAUUUCGACUCCAAUGAGGAGUACCUUGCCGGUCUUGAGCAGGUCAUGGAGCAGUACUUGAUUCUACAAAGUCAGAGCGAUCCAGAGAUUGCAAAAGACAUAUCGGAAGGCGUUUUUGACGUCUCGAAAAUCAAACCUCAAGAUAAGGAACAGCUGGUAUGGCAAGCAAAAGUGUAUUUUUUCUGCUCACAGACAGGAGAGAUUCUGGACCUUGAUGACUAUCAGAAGUGGGAGAGUGAACGGAAGGCGCAGGAGCCCCAGGAAAAGAACACAAAGGAAAUCCCGUAUUCUUCGAACUACGAGCAGUUAGUGGAUCUCAUCGUCAACAACAAGCCAAUUCCGGGCAUAAAACAAAUACCAGAUACGGUGCUAGGACCGGAACUUUCGUCUAGCAGCACACUGAGCGAGCGUAAGAAGCCUUGGGAGCAACAGAAAGAGAAAAACUGUUCUGAGCAAAAAGAUGCAUAA